AUGAGUACACUUGAAAAUUUUAAAAUCAUCCCAUGUCCUCCUCCUCUUCCUUCAUUGAGCGCACUUCAGAAUGUUAAGGAUAAUUAUAAUCAACAUGAAACUAUAAUUUUACCGGCAGAAAAAGAAAUUGAUUUGAUAUUGGAAAGAAUAUUAGAAAAAGAAAAAUUAGAAAAUAUUUUUUUCAAGUGUAAUGUUUUUUUGGAACCUCAAAUUCAAGUGGGCCCCAAAUGUGGUUUAACAGCACUUAGCAUUGCUACCUCAAUUACUUCAAAUAGUACAAAUGUAGAUAAAAUAUUUCAAAAGGCUUUGGAAUUAGGUUAUACCAAACAGGGAGAAAUAUUCAAAGUCGAAUAUUUAGCAAAUCUAGCUGAAAUCUGUUGUGGAUUAAAAGCAAGAGUAAUAGAAAAUGGAUUAAAUUCUCAUUUAAAUUGUAUUAUAUACAAUUUAUUAAAUAAAAACUUACUGUUGGUGCCAUACGAUUCAGAUUGUAAUCAUUCCCCUUGUUGUAAAAAAGGUUACAAAGCUCACUGGGCAGUUAUAAGCGGUUUUGUAAUAUUGUCUGAUAACAAAAAUCAAAAUGAUUCAAAUGAAUCUCCAGAUUCUGUUAUUUUAGAAUCGUUUUGUGAUUUACCCUUAUGCGAAUGCAUCACAAAAAACCCAUUAAAUAAAAAUGAAAUUUUGCAAUUAAACUCUGAUUGUGGAAAAAUAAUUAUAUCCAAAAAUUCUCAUUUUCAUAAUACAAACAAAUUUGAAAGAGGAAAAAUUUAUCUAAUUGGUAGACAGGGAAAAAGUAAGCAUAUCGGUAUUUGGCCAUUUGACGAAUUAUCAAAAAGCAAUGAUAAUUUAAUUUAUUUUUCUAAUAAAAGAAAUAAUAAUGAUUUUGUAAUACCCGAAGGAGGUCCUGCUCAAGAAAUCUCCUAA